AUGCUCCUGAACACAGCCUCCCCGCGGAAGUCCUUUAGCAUCCCCAUCAACAUCAACCUGCAGGGCGCUCGCAGGCGACAGACAAGGGAGGUCCUCCACACAGGGGCAGCACAGGACCUGGCAGGGAGGAGGGAAGGGGAGAAAGCCAAGUCCCAGAUGACAGUGUCCAGUGUCGGGGAAGACAGAGCUGUUCUCCUGGCCUUCGCCAUGAUGGCCUUUGCUGUGUUGAUGUUCUUCGUGGUGGGGAUCAUCUAUGUGAAACCCUACCUCAACAGUCGCUGGGACGAGGAGGCCAACUGCUCCCUGGUCCAGUCUGAGGUUCUGGAGGAGUGGGUGGACUGUCGAGGAGUGAGUACAGCUCCAUGUCUCAGGGUUCUCGUCAACAUCACUCAGUCUGGACAGAAGGCUCACUUCCACUACGAUGAAGAAUCUGUUGGUGUGUGCCGUCUUCUCAUCCCACAGUGUUUCUACGUUCCCAAAUGCCAGCGAGACAGAAAAGAACUCGUAAGCGAAGUGCAGAACAUCAAGAACUAUUUGGAUGAGCUGUGUGAGCUGGGGAGCUCUCUAACGUGCCUCACCAACCCUGGACGCUACCCCGAGGACACCAUCUUGACCAGGAAGCACACCCUGAGACAGGCCCUGUUCUCUCUGCUGUGGCCGUGCCUGAUGCUGGCUGGUGGGACUCUGCUGGUGGUGCUGGUGAAGCUGAACCAGCGUCUGGACCUCCUGUGCUCUGAGCUGCAGGGCAGAGGGCAGGUGGAGGGCAGGCAGACCUCCAGACACACCCGGGGAAAGCUCUACCAGGUCCUUAGACACAGAUCCGGACACUCCCCCAUGCAAGAAGACUGA